UCGUUCUGGAGGCAGCUGGUGGGUGGCUCACUUCACACAUCCAGUAGUCGUUCGUGCCUUCGUGGAGGCUGGCCUAGUACCUUCCUUCCUCACGGUGCAAGAGCGUGGUAGAUUGAUCCAUUACCGUAAAUUACUAUCACCUUUUGCAGAAUAAUAUCUUCACAUGAGAUGGUUCAAGAUAUAAACCAAGUGGACCUAAUGGUUUCAUGGGUGAUGAGGAAAUACGUCAAGUUCCUGGUACUAGGGGCACUCUCCUCCUGCGCCUUGCUCAAUCUGGCCCUCCGCGCAGGCACUGGUCUACACUACUACUGCCAAGACGAAUGUCUGACGGGGAUGUUGAAGAGCCCGCUCAAAUCCUUCGACAAGGACGUCAUCCAGCACAUCAGGGACUACUGGCUAGACCCACCUGCUCCCCGGGGGUCCUACAAACCAGACUUUCCUCUCGAGAACCCACCCUGGUCUACCGUAGGCAACUGGGCUGAGGCCUACAAGUUCAUCAACGAUUACUUCAAGAAUUACAAGAAUCCAGGCACCUAUAUGGAAAUCGGAGCCCAGGACGGAGAAUUCGCCUCGCUGUCGCUAUUCGUCGGGGAGCGCUUGGGGUUCCGUGGGGUACUGGUGGAGCCAAACCCUUAUCAUUACCAGAAGAUCAGGGCUGGGGGCAGGUCCGCCUACUCCAUCAACGCCUGCGCCACCCCUGACGGAGGCCACAGGAAGAACACACUGUGGUUGCGACAUACUCCGGGUAACUUGCCGCCUCUUCUUCAUCGUAUACAGGAAGGCAGCAACAGACUCCUUCAGUAUGUGUCCAAGGAGGAUCGUGAGCUGGGGGACUUAGUAGAGGUGCAAUGCUUCAGCGCCGGGGCAAUAGCUCGUGCUGCUCUAAACACUUCCAAAGUUGAUUUCCUUGUCAUCUCGACCCACGGCGGGGAGAUGGAUAUACUCAGCGCUCUUGGCCCCACGAUUAUGUUCAGAAUGAUCGUGGUGGUGGUGCCGUUAGCUACCAAGCAGGAAUAUGAUGAGCUGGAUGCUGCUGCUAAGUCGAGAGGCCUGAUAACAGCGUUCAACAAGAACAACAUACAUAUACUUAUUCCUGAAAAUGAAGUGAAAAUCGUGUAGGAGAGAGAGAGAGAGAGAGAUAGAGAGAGAGAGAG